GCUCUGUCGCUGUGAUCUCGCGAUAGCUUCCCCAUCAGUGGCGGCUGUGUUGCCCCCUGUCUCAGCCCGGACCGACUUGUUUCUGACGUUUGAAUGAAAAACACGACGAAUUACCUCCACUUUGGACCCGGGAAAUAAUGGCUUCAGCAUUGGAGCAGUUCGUUAACAAUGUGCGGCAGCUGUCCGCUCAAGGCCAGAUGACUCAGCUGUGUGAGUUGAUCAACAAGAGCGGGGAGCUGCUAGCCAAAAAUCUGUCCCACCUGGACACAGUGCUAGGAGCCUUGGACAUCCAGGAGCACUCCCUUGGCGUGCUUGCUGUGCUAUUUGUGAAGUUCUCCAUGCCAAACAUCCCAGACUUUGAGACACUCUUCUCUCAAGUUCAGCUCUUCAUCAGCACCUGUAAUGGGGAACACAUUAGAUAUGCAACAGACACUUUUGCUGGCCUUUGCCACCAAUUGACAAACGCCCUUGUAGAGCGGAAACAGCCUUUGAGGGGCGUCGUCAUCCUAAAACAGGCGAUAGACAAAAUGCAGAUGAACACAAACCAACUUACCUCAGUUCAUGCAGACUUGUGUCAGCUGUGCUUGUUAGCAAAGUGCUUCAAGCCUGCUCUGCCCUUCUUGGAGGUGGACAUGAUGGACAUCUGCAAGGAAAAUGGAGCCUACGAUGCAAAGCACUUUUUAUGUUACUACUACUAUGGUGGGAUGAUCUAUACGGGCCUCAAAAACUUUGAAAGAGCACUGUAUUUUUAUGAACAGGCAAUAACCACUCCAGCCAUGGCAGUGAGUCACAUCAUGUUGGAAGCCUAUAAGAAAUACAUCGUGGUGUCGCUCAUUCUCCACGGCAAAGUGCAGCAGCUGCCCAAAUACACGUCACAGAUAGUAGGGAGGUUCAUCAAGCCCCUGAGCAACGCAUAUCACGAGCUGGCUCAGGUCUACUCCACCAACAACCCCGCCGAGCUGCGCAACCUGGUCAACAAACACAGUGAGACGUUCACACGAGACAACAACACCGGCCUGGUCAAGCAGUGCCUGUCCUCGCUCUACAAGAAGAACAUCCAGAGGCUAACAAAGACUUUCCUGACGUUGUCAUUGCAAGACAUGGCGAGUCGAGUGCAGCUAUCAGGUCCCCAGGAAGCAGAGAAAUAUGUCUUACACAUGAUUGAAGAUGGGGAGAUCUACGCUAGCAUUAACCAAAAGGAUGGUAUGGUCUGUUUCCAUGACAACCCCGAAAAAUACAACAACCCUGCAAUGCUCCACAAAAUAGACCAAGAGAUGUUGAAAUGUAUAGAGCUGGACGAGAAACUAAAGUCUAUGGAUCAAGAAAUCACAGUAAACCCACAAUUUGUGCAGAAGAGUAUGGGAUCGCAGGACGAUGACGUUGGUAGCAAAACAUCAAGUUAUUCAUGAGGGGGCCAGAACGCCACAGCCACCCCAACACGUUCUUCCCAGGAUGAGUUGGAUUUUAAAAAAAAGGAAAAGCAAGCAUUCUGUCGCAUAUGAACUUUGGUCAAGGAAAACCUAGUUAUAUGAAAUGAUGACGAAUUUGAUUAUUCUUACUUCACCGUGUCUUGGGGAUAAAAAAAAGAUCCUUAGAGAAAAGAGAAAAAAAAAUAAAACUUUUGUCAGUGUUUUAUUUAUCGAUAUUCAGGAGCGCCACAGCUACGGCGACAGAAACCACAAUAAAAACUGGACUUAUCUGUUCCAACCUUGUGUGAAUAAUCUCACUGUUUGUUUUGGUUUUUCUGCAUGAUGGCCGUAACCGGAGGGCAUUGCAUAUGAAGCGAAACAUCAAUGGCUGACGAGGAAUAAAUAUGAUUAUAUUCCACCUUUGUAAA